UAUUCUUGGGCGGAAUCUUCCCUCCCCUCCCCGUCUCGAAUACGGCAGUUCCCGCGAUUCUGAGAGCAAGAGACAGGGAGAGAGGCGUACUGGGGGCGCGCGCGUACGUGCUGUGCCCGGCCGGAUAAUUGGCUGGCUCAGCUCGCCGGACUGAACUUGUCGUGUUAUUCUAUCGAUCGGCGGCCGCCACGCCAUGGGAUGGGAGAGAGAGAUCGACCCGCUCCUCGUGCGCUGGCCGUGAUUCCGGGCUAGCUUAUACGGUGGGUUCGCUGGUUCUCGGCGUUCCGAUCUGAUCUGACGCAGCCUGCUCCGCCCUAGCUAGCUAGCCAAUCCAGGGUUCGUGGCUGGUGUUUCUCGGCUGCCGGGCGGCUGGCUGCGGUUCUCCGGCCGGGUUGCUUGGUAUGCGGAGAAUUUGAGUAGUAUUGGGUGUGCUUGCUUAGUCUGGUCAUGGAGCAGCAGCAGCAGCAGCCGCAGAGCCAUGAGGACGGCUUGCGGGGCUGCGGCAUGAUGAUGGGCAUGCGGAGCGAUGUGGCCGGCCGGGAGGAGCUGGAUCUCAUGGAGGAGUUCCUGCUGGCUUCCCCCGGGCUCGAUUUCUCCGAGUUCCUCCACCCCGGCGACGGCGAGUUCGACAUCGGCAGCAGCAUCACCACCGCCGCCACUCCUCCUCCUCCUCCUCCCCCCGCGCUGGCCGGCGAUGACGACGACGACGAGGCGGACGCGGAGAGGCCCGGCCGCGCGUGGCUGCUCCAGGCUGAGGCUGACACGGUGAAAGAGCGGCUCCGGCGCGCGCUGCAGGGCAUCGCGUCGCGGUCGCAGUCGGCGGCGGGCGAGCUGCUGGUGCAGGUGUGGGUGCCGACCCGCAUCGGCGACCGGCAGGUGCUCACCACGUGCGGGCAGCCCUUCUGGUUCGACAGCCGCAGCGACCGGCUCGAGAGCUACCGGACGGUGUCUGUGAAGUACCAGUUCUCCGCCGACGAGAGCGCGUGCGCCGAGCUGGGGCUCCCCGGCCGCGUCUUCGUCGGCCGCGUGCCCGAGUGGACGCCCGACGUCCGCUACUUCACCGACCAGGAGUACCCGCGCGUCCGCCACGCGCAGCACUUCGACAUCCGCGGCAGCGUCGCCAUGCCCGUGUUCGACCGCCGCCGCAGCAGCAGCAGCAGCCGGGGGUGCCUCGGCGUCGUCGAGCUCGUCAUGACCACGCAGAAGAUCAACUACAAUGCCGAGAUUGAGAACAUCUGCAACGCUCUCGGGGAGGUUGAUCUCAGGAGCUCUGAUGUUUCAAGUGAUCCCCGAGCACAGGUGUUUGAAUCUUCUUACCGAGCAGUUGUACCAGAGAUCUUGCAUGUUCUCAGAGCUGUUUGUGACACCCAUAAGUUGCCACUGGCACAAACAUGGAUACCAUGUGUCUGCCAGGCCAAAAGGGCGAGCCGCCACUCUGAUGAAAAAUACAAGUACUGCGUCUCUACCGUGGACGAGGCUUGUUAUGUCCGCGAUACCGAUGUGAUCGGCUUUCACCAGGCUUGCUCUGAGCAUCAUCUGUUCAGAGGUGAGGGUGUGGUCGGCACAGCACUCAGGACGAAUGAGCCAUGUUUUUCCCCAGAUAUUACCACCUACAGCAAGGUCCAGUACCCUCUCUCACAUUACGCAAAACUUUUCAGUUUGCGGGCCGCAGUCGCUAUUCGACUGCGAAGUGUCCGGACUGGAAGUCUGGACUUUGUCUUGGAAUUUUUCUUGCCAAGGAACUGCAUAAAGAGUGAAGAUCAAGGGCUCAUGCUUAGUUCUUUGUCCAAUACCAUACAACAAGUCUGCUGUACAUUACGAGUUGUCAGUGUGAAAGAACUUGUGGAUGAUGAAUCACCUGAAACUAACUUACCAACCCCACCAGAAUUUUAUGCCAGGGCUACUGAAAAAUUCGAUGAGAUUUGUAGUGGCAUUAACGUUCCUGCAAGGACAACAUCACUGGAAGCUUCCGAGGAGGUAUCCUCAUGGAUUGCAAGCCUUGUGGAUGUUCAGAACAAGGGGGCAAAGGAAGAAAUAGAUUGCGACCUACCAUUUGGAUUCAGCAAACAAGAGGAUGAAGGGUUUAGUGUUACAGCUGGCUGGCGAACUUCACCGGUACUAGUACCUGAGGAUGGCUUCCUUUCAGAAUUUAAGCAGCACGAAGAAUACGAGGCCAAGGAAGUAAUUUGUUCCAGUGAUCCAAGCCUUUCCAACUCAGACAAAGCAGUAGAGAAGCGGCGAACUAAGAUGGAGAAAACUGUCAGCCUGCAAGAACUUCGGAAGCAUUUUGCUGGUAGCUUAAAAGAAGCUGCAAAGAAUUUAGGAGUGUGCCCUACUACAUUGAAGAGAAUAUGCAGGCAGCAUGGAAUUAAUCGUUGGCCAUCAAGAAAGAUCAAGAAAGUUGGGCAUUCCCUAAAGAAAUUGCAAAUGGUAAUUGAUUCGGUACAUGGAGCUGAAGGAACCGUCCGGCUGAGUUCACUCUAUGAAAAUUUCACCAAGACCACAUGGUCAGAAAGAGAGUUACAGGGAGACCUCAGUUGUCCAGCAUCAGAGCAAAAGGUUCACCUGGAGCCUUCAGUUCCUGAUCGACUGUGUGAGGGCAGAUUCAGUUCUCAUACCUCUGGCUCUAAUUCCCUCUCCCCCACCUACAGCCAGAGCUCAAAUUCUAGCCUAGGUUGUUCCAGUGAUCCGAAGCCUCAACAACAGCAUGGUAGUGCUCCUCAACCUGCAAUUAAGCAAGAAGUUUCUAUGGAGGAGAAUCAGAGUUCCAUACUGAUGAAAGCUGCGAGCCAUGCCGAACUGCAGAUAUUUACUGAAGAAAGACCCGUCACCCUUUGCAGGUCUCAGAGUCACAUGUUCUUCAGUGAACACAAACCAGUGGAGAACAUGUCAACCAUGCAAGAACAUAAGCCUGAUCCUCUCAAGAUAAAAGCCAUGUACGGCGAGGAAAGAUGCAUAUUCCGACUUCAGCCAAGUUGGGGUUUUGAAAAGCUAAGAGAAGAAAUCACGAAGCGGUUCGGCAUUUCUCAGGAAACUUGUGACCUCAAGUACUUGGAUGAUGAAUCGGAGUGGGUUCUUCUAACAUGUGAUGCAGACCUACUAGAGUGUGUUGAUGUAUACAAGUCAGCAAGUGCUAAAACAGUUAGGAUCUCGGUGAAUCCCACAGGUCAACCGGUUCUUGAUGGUUCCUUUGGUCAUACUGCUUUAUCAUGAGAGUGCUUUUCAAGAACUCAAAACAAGCAUCCAAUCUCCCAAGUAGAAAGUGUGUCUAUGUUGCCCUCAGUUUUUGGUCAUGAUGAUAGGCACAGGUCACAAUAUUUGGAGUUGUUAUCCAGACAGUAGUGAUCAGGUGAUCGGUGAAUUAUCAUCAGCCUUGUCUGUGCAUGUGACAACUGAAGAUGGCACUUUGUACUUCUAGACUAGUUCAUGUUCAGCCAUAGGAAAAAUAGUUUAUUUCAGUUACCAAACUAGUGUACAGAAUAGGAAUGAAUAGGAAUCUGUCGAAAUGAAGCUUUGCGUUAGGUUUAGACUCAUGGUCAAGUUACAUGGCAAAUGUAAGUUUUUGCUUGAAGGUUUAGAACUCUGAAGCAUUAUCUUGAAGGUUUCAACAUUCAAAAGCUUGCUUGAAGGCAUGGGCUGCUAAAUCGAGAGAAUGAUGCCUUGUACCAUCACUUGUUAGUUUGAGCACGGCGAAGAUGCACUCGUGCAAUCCCAAAUUGUCUUCUGGCCUGGAAUAGCACACAGAUGAGCAGAGCACCUGCAUUGUUUGCCAAAGGCAAGAAUAGCAUCAAGCUCAUCAUCUCCAGAGUGUAAAUUUGCAUUUCUGCUGAGAUACUAGAUCAGCAUUAGCAGCAUCCAAUCCUGUGUAUAUGCCGGGCCUGGAUAUAUCCGAGUGUUUCUCAUGCAUGACAGGCAUGCAGGGGCUGUCUAGACUCCUAGACAACUUCUAGCUGGCACGCGUGAGAUGUUUUCUUUUCCUCUUUCUUGGAGAACAAUGGAAUGUUAAAACAUUUUUUUGGUUGAGAAAUAAUCUUCUGUAUUAA